GCUCUAAUUCUAAUUUCUUUGUGUUUUUUCUUCUUCUUCAUAUGAUUCUUUUAAUUGAUAAUUUUUAUUUUCCAAAUUUUUAAUUUAGCAAGGGAUGAAUAAAAGAGCUAGAAUAAACCCUGAUAAAGCGGUGGUAAAUGUCCGGCAACGGGAAGUUGGCGAGCUUUCCACUCGUAAUUUCGCCCACCGUCUUGCCGCUUCUCAGGAUCUUGUUCUGCGACUUGGUGUUUACAAGAAGCUCGAUAAGCACAGAGGUUGUGUCAAUGCCUUAAGCUUUAAUGCUGAUGGGGACAUUCUGGUUUCGGGUUCUGAUGACAGGCGGGUUAUACUCUGGGAUUGGGAAACUGGCAGUAUCAAACUUUCUUUUCAUUCCGGUCAUUCUAACAAUGUGUUUCAAGCUAAAAUUAUGCCUUAUACUGAUGAUCGGAGCAUUGUUACUUGUGCUGCUGAUGGUCAGGUUCGACAUGCUCAAAUUUUGGAACGUGGAGCAGUAGAGACUACACUGCUAGGCAAACACCAGGGACGUGCUCACAAGUUGGCUGUUGAACCUGGGAGCCCUCAUAUAUUUUAUACUUGUGGUGAGGAUGGGCUGGUUCAACAUUUUGAUUUGAGAACUAGCAGAGCAACAGAACUUUUUACUUGCGAAAAUAGGAGGAAUUACACGCCAGUUGUCCAUCUAAAUGCAAUUACAAUUGAUCCGAGGAACCCAAAUCUCUUCGCAGUUGCAGGGGCAGAUGAGUAUACCCGACUUUAUGAUAUUCGUAUGUAUAAGUGGGAUGGUUCAACUGAAUUUGGUCAACCUGCUGAUUACUUUUGUCCUCCACAUUUGAUUGGUGAUGUACAAGUUGGAAUUACAGGCUUAUCAUUCUCAGACCAGAGUGAGCUUCUAGUCUCCUAUAAUGAAGAAUCUAUCUAUCUUUUCACUCGAGAUAUGGGAUUGGGUCCCAAUCCGGAUCCAUCCUCUCCUGCUUCUAUGUGUAGUGAUGCAAGUGACUCAGGACUUGUGGAUACCAACGGAAAAGCCUCCCCCCAAGUUUACAAAGGACAUCGAAAUUGUGAUACUGUGAAGGGGGUAAGCUUCUUCGGACCAAAAUGCGAGUAUGUGGUGAGUGGGUCAGACUGUGGUCGGAUAUUUAUUUGGAAGAAAAAGGGCGGAGACCUCAUCCGAGUCAUGGAAGCAGAUAAGCAUGUGGUAAACUGUGUCGAACCUCAUCCUCAUACAACUGUGCUUGCUAGCAGUGGAAUCGAGACUGAUAUAAAGAUUUGGACUCCAAAAGCUAUGGAGAGAGCUACUUUGCCUAUAAACAUUGAGCAGGUUCCGUUGCGCAAUCGCAUAUCAUGGUUUGCCAUUAGUAGUGAUGGUGAUGAUGAUGAUGAGGAUGAUGAUGAUGUUUUGUACUAUGAUGAUGACGACAAUAAUGAGGAGGAGGACGAUGAUGAUGACGACGACGACGAUGACGACGACGACGAUGAUAAUGAGGAAGACAACGGCAAUGAUGACGAGGGUGGUGAUGAUGAAGAUGAUGAUGAUGAUGAUGAUGAUGAUGAUGAGGGUAGUGAUGAUGGGGUUGGUGGUGUUGAUGACGAUGAAGAUGACGACGAUGACGAUGGUGAUGAUGAUGACGACGACAGUGAGGAUGAUUUCACCGAGAAUGUUGAUAAUUUUGUAUGAUGAUUCUGAUUUACGCUUUCUGUGUCCAGCUGAAACCGAAGGCUAGGGGGUGGAUGUACCGUUUAGCUUCACCAGAAGAUCUGAUGUUGCGACUAUUUUCAUCGCAAAGGCGGAGCAGUAGUCCAGAGCAGAUUGAAGAGAGCACAGCCCCUGGUAGGGAAUUUCUGGAGCU